AAGAAGAAGAAGAAGAAGAAGAUUAUUAUUCUUGAGUGGCACGCACAAUCGAGUGGUGGGGUCCGAAAGAGGGGAUCGUUUGAAGGGAAACCAAGGUUGAUGUUCGUGUUGGGAAUAGCGGGAUCUUGGGUAUGUAAAUAGUGAUUUUCAUUAUAUGUGCUACUGUUGUGGACGUUUAACUUGCAUGCGUAAACGUACCGUUUGUGUCAAAAGCUAACUAGCAUAAAAUAGCUUGGGGGUGGGGGUCAAAACUAGCCAGUCAGGCACCACUAACGUUAGCCCCUCUGUCUUUUGUUCGGUUGUCAGCCCGUAGCCAGCCAGUCAGCUAGCUGACUAACAAGCUACUUGCUUUGGAGAAAGGGGAGAAUAAUUACCUAGCCAGCAUAAACCAGCUGUCUGUCAGUGAAUACAUUUUACCUAACGUUACUGCCGCGUUAAAGCGGAGGUUGUGUACCAGUAACUUGUUAGUUAGUAGCAGUGUUGACUAGCUAGCUAUUUAGCUGUUGGUUAGCUUACGUUAGUUUGUUUCGCUAACUAGCCCAUACGGAAUAUGUUUGCUAUGUCGUAAGCUAGCUAGGAGGAACGAUUUAAUUAGUAGGAUAAAAUGCAUUACCUAGCUAGCUACUGUAGGUAGCUAGUUUACCUGUCACACAUGCAGGGUGUACUGCCAACCAUUUGAGAAUAGCUUUAAUUAACUAGUUAGCUAGUGGUUAGCUAACGUUGGCUUGAUAGCUGGCUAACACAGCCGGUGUUCUGACAAUGAUGAUGAUCUGAUCAUCCAUGCAAGCCACAGUGCAACAAUGGAUCAUAGCUACUCAAUUUCAACACCAGUCAGCUAGAUAACCCAAAAUGUGUUGCUUGCUGCAGGUGGACCUCAAAUGAAUUAGCCUAGCUAACGAUAGAGACCCCUGGCCUUACCAAGUCAGAUGCUUCAGUGACAGUGGGGUUGAUCAUUGUGAGACUUGAGAAGAGAUAUCCAGCUAAAUAGGGAAAUUGAUCAAGCCUAGACAGGAAAUAUCCUGUCAUCAACCUCUCCCUUAUCUAUUCCCUGUGUAAUUGUAUCAGGAAACAAUGGCCUCUCUCAUUUGUCACUGAGAUGGGUGCUCAGUAUCUCUUCCGCCCCCACAUUGUAGAAAAUGUACUGUAUUACAGUACUACUUGAAAAUGAAACUACCCCUUUAACCUAAGUCUUAGUCUAUUUUCUAAUGUGAUCAUGGAAAACCAAGAGCUUGUUUUAGUUGGACGUUGCAGUGGGAUCAUUCUUCGCUCAGACUCACAAGGAUUAGAAUGAACUAAGGUCGAAACUGCACACUGUGCAAAAUGACACCGCUUAUAACGUCAGUCAACACAUUCAUUUUACUAAUGAACAAUCAGAUUUUGUUUUCUUCUGUAGGUUAUACUGACAAAGGGUUAUUUUGACAAAGAGCAUUGGGCCAGUAACCGAAAGGUCUCUUUUCUCCCCCUCUCUUUUCUCCCCUACUCCCCCUCUCAUUUCUCCCCUGCUCCCCCUCUCUUUUCUCCCACCUGCUCCCCCUCUAUUUUCUCACCUACUCCCCCUCUAUUUUCUCACCUGCUCCCCCUCUAUUUUCUCACCUACUCCCCCUCAAUUUUCUCCCCUCCCCCUCUCUUUUCUCUUCUGCUCCCCCACCUUACAUUUGUCCUUUUGUUCAACUCUCUCACUCCCUGCUCUGUGGUAAAGACAGCUGCUGGUUGCAGGCAUCGAGUGGCGUAACAGAAGCAGUGUGCCAUCCUCUGUCCUCCUACCCAUGUCUGUCCUCCCAGCCUGUUAGUGUCCCCUCAUUGUCUGCCUUGUCCAGCCUAAAGACCUCCUCUCCCUCAUGCUUUGGACAAAGCCAGCACACUGCCAGCCCAAUGACUGCCUGGAUCGUCUUGCCUGUCAGCCUCUCUGCCUUCUCCAUCACAGGAAUAUGGAUAGUGUGAGUUCUCAAAUACUAGGCUCCAGUUACAUUUGACCUCCAUACUAAGGGUGUAUUACAAAGUGAUUGACAGAGAAACAUUGAUAGAUCCGGUUUCUUGGACACAGAUUAAGCCAAGUCCUGGACUUUAAAAAGCAUGCUUAAUGGAAAAUCUCAAUCUUUAGUCCAGGACUAGGCUUAAUGUAUGUCCAGGAAACCAGCCCAUAAUGUUGUGAUUUUAAAUCAUUGAUGUGUUUGUUUUCCCCCACAGCUACGCCAUGGCUGUGAUGAACCAUCACGUUUGUCCUGUGGAGAACUGGUGAGUGAUGCUUCAGUGAGAGUUUCUUUUAAAACAUUGUGGGAGUAAAGAAGACCCAGUUUUGUCUUUGGAUUUAUAGCCUACAUUGACGUGAUACUACAGAAUAUCAUCUGCUUGACUGAACAAAAAAGGGCUAAUUCCCUCCCAAAAUGGUGUAUCUUGUGUGCAGGUCCUACAAUGUGACAUGUACAGAGGAGAUGCCCAGGCCAGGCUUCCCCAAGACGUGCUGCACCAUGCAGGACAUCCCCCUCAUCAGGUCUCACAUUCCUUCUCUCUCGCCUUUCAUGCUGACCACACCUGCCGCGUUGUGUGCGCGAGCGUUGCAAAAUAAAUGUACACAUGCAUGUUAUUCAAUCAUUUCAUCCAAACUGCUCGCGCGCGUCAGCGUAGCUAGGCGCUAGAAUAGAACUUGCUUCUAUUUGUGACGCUUGACGCACUGCAAGUCCCGCAUCUCCCAUCUCCUCAUUGGUUUUUAGGAGCAUAUACACACGUGGGUGAUUGAAAGAUGAACAAGGUCCACACUCCAGUCCAGUUGGUUGCAGUAAUGCAUCUUAAAGUUGGUUGCCAACCUAGAAACUAACUAGGUUUCCCCUUUUAUCUGUGGAUUAAUUGUCGGGAGUAAAGAACACACGAUUUUGUGUGACUCAAAAUGGGUCGAUAUUCUACAAAGAUCCAGCCCAAAAAAAGGACCUAGUACAUUUCAGGUAAAAUAACAACCCAAUGUUUAUAUCCCAGGACAAAUUAGCUAGCAACAGCAAGCUAGCUAGCUAAAUGUCAAAUUAAUAUAGUUGGUUCAGAGUUCAUUUAGAAAUUUCAGCCUGUGUGUCCUGAUCGCGUCUGGUGGGGUUAGACAAACUCAACAUGCGCACGAUGACGCACGCACGUGCGGUCAGUGUUGACCAAUGUUUGACUUGUUUUCAAAUUCUUUGUGGGUCUGUGUGAUCUGUGGGAAUUAUGUAUCUCUAAUGUGGUCAUACAUUUGGCAGGAGGUUAGGAAGUGCAGCUCAGUGUCCACCUCAUUUUGUGGUCAGUGGACUCUAAAGAGCCAGGUCUGCCUAUGGUGGCUUCUCUCAAUAGCAAGGCUAUGCUCACUGAGUCUGUACAUAGUCAAGGAUUUUCUUAAUUUUGUGUCAGUCAGUGUUCAGGUAUUUUGCUACUGUGUAUUCUCUGUUUACAGCCAAAUAGCAUUCUAGUUUGCUCAGUUUUUUGGUUAAUUCUUCUAGUUUUCUUUUAGCGUUCUCAUAAUUUGGUUGGGUCUAAUUGUCUUGCUGUCCUGGAGCUCUGUGGGGUCUGUUUGUGUUUUUGAACAGAGCCCCAGAAUCAGCUGGCUGAGGGGACUCUUCUCUACGUUAAUCUCUCUGUAGGUGAUGGCUUUGUCAUGGAAUGUGUGAGCGUUGCUUCCUUUUAGAUGGUUGUAGAAUUUAAGAUAUAUUUUCUGGAUUUUGAUAACUAGCAGGUAAAGUCCUAUUUCUGCUCUGCAUGCAUUGUUUGCGUUGUACACAUUUAUAUUUUUGCAGAAUUCUGCAUGCAGAGUCUCAAUUGGGUGUUUGUCCCAUUUUGUGAAUUCUUGGUUGGUGAGUGGACCCCAGACCUCACAACCAUAGAAAGCAAUGGGUUCUGUAACUGAUUCAAAUAUUUUUAGCCAGUUCCUAAUUGGUACUUUGUUGAAGCACCUUUGGCAGCGAUUACAGCCUUGAGUCUUCUUGGGUAUGACACUACAACCUUGGCACACCUGGAUUUGGGGAGUUUCUCCCAUUCUUCCCUGCAGAUCCUCUCAAGCUCUGUCAGGUUGGAUGGGGAGCGUCGCUGCACAGCUAUUUUCAGGUCUCUCCAGAGAUGUUCGAUCGGGUUCAAGUCCGGGCUCUGGCUGGGCCUCUCAAGGACAUUCAGAGACUUGUCCCGAAGCCACUCCUGCGUGGAUUUCAUCAAGGAUCUCUCUGUACUUUGCUCCGUUCAACUUUCCCUCGAUCCUGACUAGUCUCCCUGUCCCUGCCGCUGAAAAAGAUCCCCACAGCAUGAUGCUGCCACCACCAUGCUUCACUGUAGGGAUGGUGCCAGGUUUCCUCCAGAUGUGACGCUUGGCAUUCAGGCCAAAGAGUUCAAUCUUGGUUUUAUCUGACCAGAGAAUCUUGUUUCUCAUGAGCUGAGUCCUUUAGGUGCCUUUUGGCAAACUCCAAGAGGGCUGUCAUGUGCCUUUUUACUGAGGAGUGGCUUCCGUCUGGCCACUACCAUAAAGGCCUGGUUGGUGGAGUGCUGCAGAGAUGGUUGUCCUUCUGGAAGGUUCUCCUAUCUCCACAGAGGAACUCUGGAGCUCUGUUAGUGACCAUCGGGUUCUUGGUCACAUCCCUGACCAAGGCCUUUCUCCCCUGAUUGCUCAGUUUGGCCGGGCGGGCCAGCUCUAGGAAGAGUGUUGGUGGUUCCAAACUUCUUCCAUUUUAAGAAUGAUGGAGGCCACUGUGUUCUUGGAGAUCUUCAAUCCUGCAGAAAUGUUUUGGUACCCUUCCCCAGAUCUGUGCCUCGGCACAAUCCUGUCUCUUAGCUCUACAGACAAUUCCUUCGACCUCAUGGCAUGUCCAAUCAAUUGAAUUUACUACAGGUGGACUCCAAUCAAGUUGUAGAAACAUCUUAAGGAUGAUCAAUGGAAACAGGAUGCACCUGAGCUCAAUUUCAAGUCACAUAGCAAAGGGUCUGAAUACUUAUGUAAAUAUGGUAAUACUGUUUCAUUUUUUUAUAAAUUAGCAAAGAAUUCAAAACCUGUUUUCGCUUUGUCAUUAUGGGGUAUUGUGUGUAGAUUGAGAAAAAAUAAAUAUUUAAUCAAUUUUAGAAUAAGGCUGUAACGUAACAAAAUGUGGGGAAAGGGUCUGAGUACUUUCCGAAUACGCUGUAUACACUGAGUGUACAAAACAUUAGGAACACCUGCUCUUCCCAUGACAGACUGACCAGGUGAAUCCAAGGGAAAGCUAUGAUCCAUCACUAAUGUAACUUGUUAAAUACACUUCAAUCAGUGUUGAUCAGUGGCGGUCGGUGACGUUUAAGAUGAGGGAGGACGAUUCUUUUUUUAUGAGCAUGGCCUUAUUUCCAUUUACUACAUAUUGGAUGACUCAUUCAUAUUCCAUUCACCCAGCUCAAUAUAACAUCGAUAGGUUUAAGCUACUACAUGAUACUCAAAUUUUCGCUAUACCUAUCAUGAGGUUGCUACAACCUAGUCUAUGAAAAGUUUACAACGUAAGUGUACAGGUUGAGAGAGAAAUUUGAGUAAUCGAGGUGACAGACAGUGACACAUUCAAUACCGCCCUGCACACUCUUGCCUGAAUCUAGCUGAUCUAGGGUGUAAUCAUUAGUCCAAAAGUUGCAAAUGAGAGUUUCUAUUGGACAAAUUCAGAUAUGUUUAUCCCCGUUUUUGUUACUUUGUUAAAAACUGUUCAACUAUUGUCUUUCUCUUUGAGUCAUUUUAUGCAUUGCAGUGCAAGCUAGCUGUAGCUUAUACUUUCAGUACUACAUUCGUUGUCUGAUCCUUUGAUUAAGUGGACAUCAUUUCAUGCUGCAAGAUCUCUGAUGGGUUGGAGGACAUCCUCUGGAAGUUGUCAUAAGUACUGUGUAAGUCUUUGGAAGGGGGUGAGAACCAUGAGCCUUCUAGGUUUUGUAUUUAAGUCAAUGUACCGAUAGGAGGACGGAAACUAGCUGUCCUCUGGCUACACCAUGGUGCUACCCUACAGAGUGCUGUUGAGGUUACUGUAGACCUUCAUUGCAAAACGGUGUGUUUUAAUCAGUUAUUUGGUGACGUGAAUAUAUUUAGUAUAGUUUUAUCCAAAAAGGAUAACUUCUUUUAAUGUUUCACUAUUUACAUUUUUCUGAAAUUCACUAAGGAGGAAGGUCCUCCCCUUCCUCCUCUGAGGAGCCUCCACUGGUGUAGAUGAAGGGUUGGAGGUGGGUUAAAUAAAGAUUUUUAAGGCUUGAGACAAUUGAGACAUGGAUUGUGUAUGUGUGCCAUUCAGAGAGUGAAUGGGCAAGACAAAAUAUUUAAGUGCCAUUGAACAGGGUAUGGUAGUAGGUGCCAGGUGCACCGGUUUGUGUCAAGAACUGCAAUGCUGCUGGGUUUUUCACGCUCAGCAGUUUCCUGUGUGUGUCAAGAAUGGUCCACCACCCAAAGGACAUCCAGCCAACUUGACACAACUGUGGGAAGCAGUGGAGUCAACAUGGGCCAGUAUCCCUGUGGAACACUUUCGACACCUUGUAGUUCUUGCCCCGACGAAUUGAGGCUGUUCUGAGGUCAAAAGGGGGUGCAACUCAAUGUUAGGAAGGUGUUCCUAAUGUUUUGUACACUCUGUGUAUGUUGAGGGUGGGACUCAAGCUGCAUCCCUGUCUCACCCCACGGCCCUGAAGAAAGAAAUCUGUGUUUUUAUUGCCAAUUUUAACUGCACACUUGUUGUUUGUGUACAUUGAUUUUAUAAUGCCAUAUGCUUUUCCCCCAACACCGCUUUCCAUCAAUUUCGAUAGCAGACCCUCAUGCCAAAUUGAGUCCAAAGCUUUUUUGAAAUCAACAAAGCAUGAGAAGACUUUGAUUUUGUUUGUUUGUCAACAAGGGUCUCUCUCGCUCUUUCUCUCUCUCAUUCGCUCUCUAGUGAUACAUACAUCUACAAAGUCUUAGCCUUGUAACCAGACCAGAAGAGAAAUAGUUACAACCUUAUAAUAAACCAGUGUCAUGCAUGCCUUUUCAUAAUAUAAGCCUAGUCAACUAGUGAGUGCAUUACUUAUGUGUUUUGGGUGACAUGUUGUUUCCUCCCCCCUCCCUCUUGUGUCUCCUACAGUAAGUGUGGCUCCUUCCCCCCUGAGAGCUGUCUGUUCAGUCUGAUCGGGAACGUUGGAGCCUUCAUGGGUAAGAAGAGUCUCUUCUCCAUCCCAAAUGGCACACUAUUCACUAUUUAGCGUGCUAUUUUUGACCAGGACCCAUAGGUCUCUGUUCAAAAGUAGUGCACUAUGUAGGGAAUCAUAGGGUGUCAUUUGGGAUGCAGCCCUCUUCUGUCAUCACUCCACAGCCACUCACUCACACUGACAAUAAGCUGUGCCCUCUGUAUCAUUCAUCAGUGAUAUCUUGGAGGUUAAAGGAAAAAUCCACCCAAAACCACUCAUUACUUUAAUUUACAGUGUUAAAUAACACUAAUAUGUGAGUUUUCUUUUUUGGUGAACAAAUGUUUCAUUUUGCCGUUAUAAUAAGGUUGGUAGUAACAUGGAAAAUUGUUGUGGAAAUCUGUAGGUGUUCAAGUCAACUACAAAAUCCACAAUGCAAUACUCGCUCUAUGGGCUGGCUGGCUGGCUUGCUAGCUAGCUAGCUAGCUAGCUAGCUAGCAAACAUAGCUACACACAAUAAAGCCAAAUACAAUAUCGGCAUGUAAUGUAGCUAGAUAGCUGUAAAAUUGCCUAAACAAACUGCACUAUCAAUUUAGGAGUCUACAAUCUCACCAUGUUCAACCUGCAGAUUGAUGUGCCUCACAGAGGGAAGUCUAACAUUCGCAAAGGCAGAUAUACUUUUGAGGAGAUGGGAAACGUUGCCCAUGCUACGUCAAUGGGCUGCGCGGUGCAUUCUGGGCGAUUCUGGGACAAGGAGCGCACUCCUUCAAGGCGUGAAUGGGAGUCUAUUGGGCGCUAGUUCAAAAACCCCACAUUAGCACGAAUUUCGUCAACAAGAAGUACAACAUUACAAAUCUUUUCUCAAAUGUGAGAUAAUUAACUUGCCAUCUGGAUGGUCUUCAGAGAUAGAUGGGAGGGGUUGAGGGUAGCUGAAGGAUGGGAUUAAAAACAAACAAAAGGUAACUAUUGUAAAAUACAUUGUGUGUGUAAAAUGUGUGUGUAUAUAUAUAUAUAUAUAUAUAUAUAUAUAUAUAUAUAUAAAAAUAAAUAAAUAAAUAAACUGGAAGUAGAAGCCUAAGUGUUAUCCAUUCGUUUACUCCAAUUAGGGGAGGGGUGGUAGGGUUAGGGGGAAAAUAAUAAAGGAAAAUAUAUAACAAAAAUGUAUGUACAGUGCAUUCGGAAAGAAUUGAGACCCCUUGACUUUUUCCACAUUUUAUUACAUUACAGCCUCAUUCUAAAAUUGAUUAAAUUGUUGUUUUCCCCUAAAAAAAUCUACACACAAUACCCAUAAUGACAAAGCAAAAACAGGUUUUUAGAAAUUUUUGCAAAUGUAUUAAAAAUAAAAAACUGAUAUCACAUUUACAUAAAUAUUCAGACCUUUUACUCAGUACUUUGUUGACACACCUUUGGCAGCGAUUUACAGCCUCAAGUCUUUUUGGGUAUGACGCUACAAGCUUGGCACACCUGUAUUUGGGGAGUUUCUCCCAUUCUUCUCUGCAGAUCCUCUCAAGCUCUGUCAGGUUGGAUGGGGAGCGUUGCUGCACAGCUAUUUUCUAGGUCCCUCCAGAAAUAUUCGAUCGGGUUCAUGUCCGGGCUCUGGCAGGGCCACUCAAGGACAUUCAGAGACUUGUCCCGAAGCCACUCCUGCGUUGUCUUGGCUGUGUGCUUAGGGUUGUUUUCCUGUUGGAAGGUGAAGUUGGAGCAGUGCUCUGGAGCAGUUUUUUCAUCAAGGAUCUCUCUGUACUUUGCUCCGUUGAUCUUUCCCUCGACCCUGACUAGUCUCCCAGUCCCUGCCGCUGAAAAACAUCCCCACAGCAUGAUGCUGCCACCACCAUGCUUCACCGUAGGGAUGGUGCCAGGUUUCCUCCAGACGUGACGCUUGGCAUUCAGGCCAAAGAGUUCAAUCUUGGUUUCAUCAGACCAGAGAAUCUUAUUUCUCAUGGUCUGAGAGUCUUUAGGUGCCUUUUGGCAAACUCCAAGUGGGCUGUCGUGCCUUUUACUGAGGAGUGGCUUCCGUCUGGCCACUCUACCAUAAAGGCCUGAUUUGUGGAGUGCUGCAGAGAUGGUUGUCCUUCUGGAAGGAACUCUGGAGCUCUGUCAGAGUGACCAUCGGGUUCUUGGUCAGGUCCCUAACCAAGGCCCUUCUCCCCCGAUUGCUCAGUUUGGCCAAGCGGCCAGCUCGAGGAAGAGUGUUGAUGGUUCCAAACUUCUUCCAUUUAACAAUGAUGGAGGCCACUGUGUUCUUGGGGACCUUCAAUGCUGCAGAAAUGUUUUGGUACCCUUCCCCAGAUCUGUUCCUCGACACAAUCCUGUCUCGGAUUUCUACAGACAAUUCCUUUGACCUCAUGGCUUGGUUUUUGCUCUGACAUGCACUGUGGGACCUUAAAUAGACAGGUGUUUGCCUUUCCAAAUCAUGUCCAAUCAAUUGAAUUUACUACAGGUGGACUCAAAACAAGUUGUAGAAAUAUCUCAAGGAUGAUCAAUGGAAACAGGAUGCAACUGAGCUCAAUUUCAAGUCUCAUAGCAAAGGGCCUGAAUACUUAUGUAAAUAAGGUAUUUUUGUUUUAUUUUUAAUACAUUUGCAAAAAUGUCUUAACCUGUUUGCCUCAUCAUUAUGGGGUAUUGUGUGUUGAUUGAUGAGGGGAAAAAAACAAUUUAAUCAAUUUUAGAACAAGGCUAUAACCGAAGAAAAUGUGGAAAAGUCAAGGGGUCUGAAUACUUUCCGAAAUGAUGGAAAUGAUGCAGACAAUUACUUUGAUGGAAGCUACAAUAUGCAUGUUUCUCGACAUAUACACUGACUUUGAGAAGGGAUUGCAUGACGAUUAGCUUAGCAACCGCGUGACGCAGCAUGACAACGUGAACACGAUUAGUCGACAGUCUGCUGGGUGGGGCGUAAUACGUUCCUUCAUUGAUUGGAUUCCUUUAUCCUUUCUAUUACAUUUACAUUUACAUUUUAGUCAUUUAGCAGACGCUCUUAUCCAGAGCGACUUACAGGAGCAAUUAGGGUUAAGUGCCUUGCUCAAGGGCACAUUUACGUCAUUUAGCAGACGCUCUUAUCCAGAGCGACUUACAAAUUGGUGCAUUCACCCUAUAGCCAGUGGGAUAACCACUUUACAAUUAUUAUUAUUAUUAUUAUUUAUUUUUUGGGGGGGGGGGGUAGAAGGAUUACUUUAUCCUAUCCCAGGUGUUCCUUAAAGAGGUGGGGUUUCAAAUGUCUCCGGAAGGUGGUGAGUGACUCCGCUGUCCUGGCGUCGUGAGGGAGCUUGUUCCACCAUUGGGGUGCCAGAGCAGCGAACAGUUUUGACUGGGCUGAGCGGGAACUAUGCUUCCGCAGAGGAAGGGGAGCCAGCAGGCCAGAGGUGGAUGAACGCAAUGCCCUCGUUUGGGUGUAGGGACUGAUCAGAGCCUGAAGGUACGGAGGUGCCGUUCCCCUCACUGCUCCAUAGGCAAGCACCAUGGUCUUGUAACGGAUGCGAGCUUCAACUGGAAGCCAGUGGAGUGUGCGGAGGAGGGGGGUGACGUGAGAGAACUUGGGAAGGUUGAACACCAGACGGGCUGCGGCAUUCUGGAUGAGUUGUAGGGGUUUAAUGGCACAGGCAGGGAGCCCAGCCAACAGCGAGUUGCAGUAAUCCAGACGGGAGAUGACAAGUGCCUGGAUUAGGACCUGUGCCGCUUCCUGUGUAAGGCAGGGUCGUACUCUCCGAAUGUUGUAGAGCAUGAACCUGCAGGAUCGGGUCACCGCCUUGAUGUUAGCGGAGAACGACAGGGUGUUGUCCAGGGUCACGCCAAGGCUCUUCGCACUCUGGGAGGAGGACACAACGGAGUUGUCAACCGUGAUGGCGAGAUCAUGGAACGGGCAGUCCUUCCCCGGGAGGAAGAGCAGCUCCGUCUUGCCAGGGUUCAGCUUGAGGUGGUGAUCCGUCAUCCAUACUGAUAUGUCGCUAGACCCUCUGUGAAAUUACACGUUUCUCAAUGUUGGAAUAUCGCAAAAAUAUGAUAAUUGGCUCAUUUGAGAGGUUGGUUGUUUGUGCAACAGUGCAAAUAAUACUUUUGCUGUGUCAUGGUGAUAAUGAUCUGAAGGUGGUGGUUAAAUACCUGUAAUUAUACAUUCUAUCUGUUUUUUUUGUCAUUGGUGUCAAGAAUAUAUCACCUCACAGAAUCACCUUUUCAGUACUGUAGUCAUUAUCACCAAGACACAGCAAACGGGUGCUGAGUUCAUCUGUAAAAUGUGAACUUUUAUCAAAACAAAUAUUUUACAGAAUUUCCUAUAUAGGCCUAACUGAUCUUAUGUGCCUGUCUCAGCCAUACAGUGUGUGCCACUAGUCAGCAGUAUGUGCAGAAGGGCUUUAAAUAGGCUCUGCAAUCAAUAAUGGAUGUGGCCUUUCCUCCAUUUCCCCCCUCAUCAUCCAUGACCUUCCUCCAUGACUUCCUGUUCUGUCUUAUUUAUUACCACUCACUCUGCUCCCUUUUUUCUGUGCUCCUCUUCAUCCCAUCUCUCUACCCCCCCCCCCCCCUCUAUCCCAUCCCUCUCUCUCCUCUCCCCUCCCCCUCUCUCACUGCCCCCUCUCUCUUUCUCUCUCUCUCUCACUGCCCCCCCUCUCUCUCACACUGCCCCCCCACCCUCUCUCUCACACUGCCCCCCCACCCUCUCUCUCUCUCACUGCCCCCCACCCUCUCUCUCUACACUGCCCCCACUCUCUCUCUCUCACACUGCCCCCACCCCUCUCUCACACUGCCACCCCUCUCCCCACUGCCCCCACCCUCUCUCUCUACACUGCCCCCCCACCCUCUCCUACUCCACACCCUCUCUUCACACUGCCCCCACACCCUCUCUCUCACACUGCCCCCCCACCCUCUCUCUCUCUCCCACUGCCCCCCCACCCUCUCUCUCCACUCCCCCCCACCCUCCCCACACUGCCCCCCACCCUCUCUCUCUCACACUGCCCCCCCACCCUCUCUCUCUCACACUGCCCCCCCCACCCUCUCUCUCUCACCUCCCCCCCCCCUCUCUCCUCUCACACUGCCCCCCCACCCUCUCUCUCUCUCUCUCACUGCCCCCCCCACCCUCUCUCUCUCUCUCACACUGCCCCCCCACCCCCCUCCUCUCUCACUGCCCCCCCCCCUCUCUCUCCACACUGCCCCCCCACCCUCUCUCUCUCACACUGCCCCCCCCCCCUCUCUCCUCCACUGCCCCCCCACCCUCUCUCUCUCUCUCACUCUGCCCCCCCACCCUCUCCCCCCCACCCCCCUCCCUCUCUCACACUGCCCCCCCACCCUCUCUCUCCACUCCUGCCCCCCACCCUCUCUCUCCACACUGCCCCCCCCACCCUCUCUCUCUCACACUGCCCCCCCACCCUCUCCUCCCUCUCUCACUGCCCCCCCCCCCUCUCUCUCUCUCUCACUGCCCCCCCACCCUCUCUCCUCCGUCCUCUCUCUCACUGCCCCCCCACCCUCUCUCUCCUCUCUCCCUCACUCUCGCCCCCCCACCCUCUUCUCUCUCCUCACUGCCCCCCCACCCUCUCUCUCUCUCACACUGCCCCCCCCCACCCUCUCUCUCUCACACUGCCCCCCCACCCUCUCUCUCUCACACUGCCCCCCCCCCUCUCUCUCUCUCACACUGCCCCCCACCCUCUCUCUCUCUCACACUGCCCCCCCACCCUCUCCUCUCACACUGCUGGCCCCCCACCCUCUCUCUCUCACACUGCCCCCCCACCUCUCUCUCUCACCUGCCCACCCUCUCUCUCUCUUGCCCCCCCACCCUCUCUCUCUCUCCCUUGCCCCCCACCCUCUCUCUCUCUCUCUCCUCUGCCCCCCCACCUCUCUCUCUCUCUCUCUCGCUCCUCCCUCUCUCUCCCCUCUCUCCUGCCUCCCCCCCCUCCUCUCUCUCUCUCUCUCUCUCUCUUCUCUUCACUCUCUCCGCCCACGCCCUCUCUCACUGCUCCGCCCACGCCCUCUCUCACUGCUCCGCCCACGCCCUCUCUCACUGCUCCGCCACGCCAUCUUCACUGCUCCGCCCCUCUCUCUCACGGCUCUGCCCUCUCUCUCACGCUACCCCCCUACUCUCUCACUGCUUCCCCCCCCCCUCUCUCUCUCAUUCAUUUCAUUCAUUCAUUGCCCCACCCCUUCUCUCCCCGUAUCCCUUUCCUCUCUCCAGUGGUGAUGGUGUGCCUUCUGCGCUAUGCCCAGGUGAUUGAGCACAGCCACGGUUGCUGGAUUAACACCAACGCUUUGUUGUCUGGCUGCACCAACGCUGUAGGACUGGUCAUGGUGGGAAACUUCCAGGUGAUUCUCUUCACUCCAUUACUUCUCUAGACAUACAGUACAUCUUGAUUCCACAUCUCUGCUACCAGUCCCUCUCCAGCUGUGACUGUAUUAUCCCAAUGACUUGAUGUCAUUUAAACCCCACAAUCAUUUUUCAUUUUAGUCCUUUUAGCAGACACUCUUAUCCAGAGCAACUUACAGUUUUGUCAAUUAUCAAGUGGUGGCUAUAUUCUCCUGCUGAUUCCCUGUGUUGUCUAACGUUUGUCUAUAGGUUAAAAACAAGGGGUGGAGGUGGGUGGGUAGGAGUGGGUGUUACAGGCUUUGGUUUUUCUAUUUAUGUUUUGAGGUUGGAAUUUAGCACGUAUAGCUCGUUUAGCAAGUAGGGCGCACCUCGUCAGUCAGUAUGUGUUACACCUGUGCUGGUUGCCAUCUCGUUAGUGGGAAGUUGUUUCACCUGUUUUGGCCCAGGUGCUAUUUAGGAGUGGCUGGCCCAGUGCUCCAGGGGCAAGAUUUUGGGGAGAGCUACACUUCACGUAAGCUGAGGUGUGAUUUUGAAAGAAGCCUGAGUUUUGGUGUUUCCCCUGUUUUUUUUGCUCCAUAUUCUUUUUACUCCCUAUCCUGUGGGUUUUUCUUUUAGUUUGUCUUUUCGGAGGCAAACAUAGUGGGCAUCCAUGGUGGGUGUCUUUUAGAACCCCUUACUAGAGGCUUUGCCAACUUUCAGUGGGCACCCACAUGGGUGCAUUUUGGAACCCCUUUCUGUUUUGUUUUGGUUGUUAAAGUGAUUUUCUUUGUUAGCUCCCUUUGUUGUGAGCGACAUUUUGAGUUUGUCUUGUGGGAACGUAACAGUGGGUGGGUUCAGGGGGAUGGUCAAUGGAAUUUGGGUAUUCGGAGCGGCUUCACUUGUGUAUAAAAAUGUAUGUUUUCAAUCUCAAUAACAAAAUAGAUUCAUAACAUGUUUCCCCCCUCCUUGGGCAGGUUGACCAUGCCAAGUCUCUCCACUACGUUGGCGCGGGCGUGGCGUUCCCUGCGGGUGUGCUCUUCGUGUGCCUGCAGUGUGUUCUCACCUACCGGAUGGCCAUCACCGCCCUCGACUACUGGAUGGCACACGUCCGCGUGGCGCUGGCCGCAGGAGCCCUGGUCUCACUUGUCCUUAGUAUCCUUCCUGACUCGCUGGGAUUGGUGGAGGGUGGGGGUGGGUUAUUAGAUAUUGGUGACUGAUCAUUUCCCCAUAGCAUCAUGUAAUUUCAAUCAAGCACAGUUAAUGUGGGAUGUGAUGUGUAAUUUAUCUUCUGUAAUGAAACCUUGCAAUGGCUAGUCUGUAAAACCGCGUAAGCCGUAGUCUAAUUCCUGUCAGUGGUCUGUGAUGAAUAUGGCUCUGGGCAAAUGUAGUGCACUACAUAGGGAAUAGAGUGCCAUUUGGGACGCAUCCAUAUAUUUAUUGAUGUGGCCUUUCCUCAUCCAUCGACGGGGCUAUUGCGUCUCCUUAACUCUUUCCCCAGGUGGUAUCUUCUUCAUCCACGAGAGCUUUGUUCUCCAGCACGCGGCAGCCAUCUGCGAGUGGGUCUUCACCGUGGACAUCCUUGUCUUCUACGGUACCUUCACCUACGAGUUUGGCACAGUCACCAACGACACCAUGAUGGUCGGCCUGCAGCAGACCUACCACCACUCAGGGGUCAUGAUGGGCGGCGCGGCCAGGGCUGGGGUCAUGUCGCUGGGCAUGGGAGCCAAGGGCCUAAAGUCUCCUGGAGGAAGCAGCACAUCCACCCAUCUCAACUGCACCCCAGAGAGCCUAGCCAUGUUGUAGUCUGCGGGGGUCACAGGCGAUCACCACACUGCACUGCUGCAGAGGGGAACCACCACACAGGCAGCAGAGGUCAGGGGUCAAUGAAAGCACUGGCCAGCCAGAGGGAGGAGACAAGACAUUGAAAAUCACAAGAUAUGAUUGACACACCGGGUCGGUAUUGGGUUUUUGUGUUUUAAUAAGCCGUCCGCUUCUCCACAUCAGCAGAAAGGAUCACUUACACAAAUAAUACAUAUCUGGGAUGGUGAGGGGCUGUGAAUGUUUCCAAGAUGGCUGCUGGCACACUGGCCUCUCUGCACACUGACAUGAUGAUACCUUAUUUAUUUCUUAAAGAUCAGUGUUGUUCGACCGGUCACUGAGGCUUUUGCCAUGUCGGGAUGGCAGACACACAAUGUUUAUUUUAUAUGCCAACAGUUGAUGUUUUUUUUGCCACAUUUUACAGACUUCCUCUACCUGGCCAUGGUUUGUGGUGUGGCCCAGUCGGCCUGGUCUCUCAUGCCAUUCAACUCUGCACGCUACAAUUUGAAUGAGAGAGUAGAGUGCGUCGUUGGAUUGAUCAGACUUGGUUUGAGUUUUUUCUUUUGCGUAUACUCUGCCAAUGUUAAAGCAUCGUAAUAGAAAAUAUUGAAUGUUUGAGAAGUGGAACUAUAGAUAGUAUACCGUUAUGUACAUGAGAAGUCAGCCUGGCCUCAGAGCAAUACGAAAUAUACUUUACGUAUUUCUGAGCACCUCCAAGACGUAUGAUACCUACUAAUGGUCUAGUUACUUGAGACAGAAACUAAAGUAGGGAGGAUGGGUGGGCGUAAUCCGCGACAGUCUAGCAAUCCAAAGGUUGCAUGUUCAAGACGCGUCAGGGACAACUGUAGCAUUUUAGCUA